GCUAGUAAACUUUUCGGAUUCUGCUGGCAGAAGCGAAACUUUCUACUUUUAACAAAACAAACGACACAAAAAAAGAUUAAAAAAGGAACAAAGAAGGAAUAAGCUAACACAGGAGACAGCAGAGACGAACCAGGACUCAUCAGAUUACCCGCUAAUUUAUUUAAAAUAAUAAAACUGGAAGACAUUGUGCUUCCAGGGAUUUUUAGGUCUUGUUGAAACUCCUCCAGAGGUUUCCUUUUGAAGCAGACGAAAUUAAAUGGAAGCGCAGUUGUUGUGCUGUGAAGGGGACAGGCCUGCCAUCAGGAGGGCCUACCGGGACUCCAACCUGCUCACUGACCGGGUCCUGAACGCUCUGCUGCGGGCAGAGGACAAGUACCUCCCCGCUGCUAACUACUUCAAAUGCGUCCAGAAGGAGAUCGCUCCGUACAUGAGGAGGAUAGUGGCCACCUGGAUGCUGGAGGUCUGUGAAGAGCAGAAAUGUGAGGAGGAGGUCUUCCCCCUCGCCAUGAAUUACCUGGACCGCUUCCUGUCUGUGGAGCGGACGAAGAAGACUCACCUGCAGCUGCUGGGAGCUGCCUGCAUGUUCCUGGCGUCCAAACUGAAGGAGACGAUCCCGCUCACUGCAGAGAAACUCUGCAUCUACACCGACAACUCCAUCACACCCUCACAGCUGCUGCAGAUGGAGCUGAUGGUUCUGAACAAGCUGAAGUGGGACCUGGCCUCUGUGACCCCCCUGGACUUUAUCGACCACUUCCUGUCUCAGCUGGCGGUACGGGGGCAGAACAGGCCGAUCCUCAGGAAGCACGCACAGACGUUUGUGGCGCUCUGUGCUACAGACGUGAAGUUCAUCGCGAGCCCUCCGUCCAUGGUGGCUGCAGGCAGCAUGGUGGCGGCGGUGGAGGGUCUGCAGAUGAGGAUGGCGGGAAACGGCUCUGUGUGUGAGAAACUGACGGAGCAGCUGGCCCAGACCAUCAGGAGUGAUCCGGACUGUCUGCGAGCGUGUCAGGAGCAGAUUGAAGCUCUGCUGGAGACGAGCCUGAGACAGGCUCAGCACCAACAGCAGCAGCAGCACUCGGUUGCCAUGGAAACCAAGAACAGCAGCGAGGGGCAGGGCCUCUCAGUCACGCCCACAGACGUCCGAGACGUGAACAUCUGAUGGAGGAAGCGACGGAGGAGCUGGUCCAGGUCCAGGUGAUAACCCAGGAGGCUGUGUUUGAGCUCUGCAGAGACUGAACGUCUGGGAUGAGGAGCAGAGCCAAAUCCAGGAGCUGAUUGGACGGUAACAUGUCCGGGACUCUAAAGACUGAAAUCCAGCCGUCAGUAAGGCUGAAACACUACACUGUGGCUGAGUGAUGAAUGGGCAGCUGAGAUCUGUGAGGGUUUGUUUUCAGACCUGCAGGUGGACUUCCUCCUGAGACUGAAGCUGACGCUGAGUCGCUCUCUCUUUAAACGCUGUUUUUUAUAACCUUUAAAGCUACAGGUCAUGUUUCUGUUUGAAAACUUCAGGGUGGUGAUGACGCAGACAUCCACGUCUGCUCUGAUAACGGUGAUCACCUCAGCUGUUUCUCCUCAAUGAUCAACCUCAGCCUUCGCUAACGGCCGUUAUCUCUACAUGAAUUGUUCAUACAUGAGCUGCUGAACGUGUUGUCCAUGCUAGCUGCUGUUUGGAAGUUCUAUUAAAACGU